AUGACAAAGUUGGCUUUAUUAGCUCUACUUGGAAUCGCCCAUGGCUACUUUGUCACAGUUCAGCCAAGAAAGGAGGAGUGCUUUCAUGAAUACGUGAAAAACGGUGAUAAAAUCAACAUGAUGUAUGAGGUCGCUGAGGGAGGAUUUCUUGAUAUCAAUGUCAAAGUAAUCAACGCAAAAAACCAAGUUAUAUACGACAAAGAGAGAGAAACUUCCGGAAAGAUGCUCUUCACGGCCGAUAUGCAAGGACCCAUCAGAUUUUGCUUCAGCAACAAGAUUUCUACUGUUACACACAAAGUCGUGAUGUUCUCAAUAGAUGUUACUGAAGCCACCGCCGCUGGAGAAGAAGAUGAAGAUGAAACUCACUCGAAGCUUGAAACAAUGAUGGGCGACCUUGCCAGCCAAAUGACGACCGUCAAACAUGAGCAGGAAUACAUGGAAGUGCGCGAACGAAUCCAUCGAGCAAUCAACGAGAACACUAAUUCAAGAGUCGUCCUGUGGGCCUUUUUUGAGUCUCUCGUCUUGAUUGCCAUGACAGUCGGUCAAGUCUACUAUCUCAAACGUUUUUUCGAAGUCAGAAGAGUGGUUUAA